AUGAUGUGCGAGGUGAUGCCCACCAUCAGCGAGGGGGACCCCCUGGGGCCCCCCCAGGGCUCGGAGGCGGACGCUGACUUCGAGCAGCUGAUGGUGAACAUGCUGGACGAGAGGGACAAGCUGCUGGACACCCUGCGGGAGACUCGGGAGACCCUCUCUGUCACCCAGAGCCGCCUGCAGGAGACCCUGCGGGAGCGGGACCAGCUGCAGAGGCAGCUCAACUCAGCCCUCCCCCAGGAGUUUGCGACGCUGACGCGGGAGCUCAGCGCGUGCCGGGAGCAGCUGCUGGAGAGGGAGGAGGAGAUCUCAGAGCUGAAGGCUGAGCGCAACAACACCCGGCUCCUGCUGGAGCACCUGGAGUGCCUGGUGUCGAGGCACGAGAGGUCCCUCAGGAUGACCGUGGUCAAGCGUCAGGCCCAGUCACCAUCUGGGGUUUCCAGUGAGGUCGAGGUGCUCAAGGCUCUCAAGUCACUCUUUGAGCAUCACAAGGCACUGGAUGAAAAGGUCAGGGAACGCCUGCGAGCAGCUUUGGAGCGAGUGGCAACCUUGGAGGAGCAGCUGGUGGAUGCUCAUCGGCAGGUAUCUCAGGCUCAGCAAGGAGGCACCCGGGAGGCCCCCGGGGACGAGCGGGAGCCCAAGGAGCCGACGCAGAAGCUUCCCUGGAAGAGACUCUCCAACGGCUCUGUCCACCCGGAUGACGAGGCAGGGAGGGUGGUAGAGCUGCAGGAGCUCCUGGAGAAGCAGAACUUUGAAGUGGUCCAGGCCAAGGAGCGCAUCUCUGCCUUGGCUGCCAGCGUUGCUGAGCUGGAGGAGGAUCUGGGCACCGCCAGGAAGGACCUGAUCAAGUCGGAGGAGAUGAGCAGCAAGUACCAGAGGGACCUUCGAGAGGCCCUGGCUCAGAAAGAGGACAUGGAGGAGAGGAUCACCACGCUGGAGAAGCGCUACCUGGCAGCCCAGAGAGAAGCCACCUCCAUCCACGACCUCAACGACAAGCUGGAAAACGAGUUGGCCAACAAGGAGUCCCUGCACCGCCAGUGCGAGGAGAAAGCCCGGCACCUGCAGGAGCUGCUGGAGCUGGCGGAGCAGAAGCUGCAGCAGACGAUGCGGAAGGCGGGGACGCUGGCCGAGGUGGAGGCAGAGCUGGCGCAGCGCAUCGCGGCACUCAGCAAGGCAGAAGAGAGGCACGGGAGCAUCGAGGAGCACCUCCGGCAGCUGGAGACCCAGCUGGAGGAGAAGAACCAGGAGCUGGCCAGGGCUCGGCAGCGGGAGAAGAUGAACGAGGAGCACAACAAGAGGCUCUCGGACACCGUGGACCGGCUGCUGAGCGAGUCCAACGAGAGGCUGCAGCUGCACCUCAAGGAGAGGAUGGCAGCCCUGGAGGAGAAGAACACAUUGUUACAAGAGCUGGAGAAUACCCAAAAGCAGAUAGAGGAGCACCAGCACGACAAGCGACGUUUGUCUGAUGAGAUCGACAAACUGAGGCUGGAGGUCGACCAGCUCAAAACCAGGAGUGGGACGUUUGUGGAGACUGUGCACACAAGGUCCCACAUGGGCAGUACCACCGACCUGCGCUUCCCGCUCAGCGCUGUGGUCCACGCUCCUGCCGAGCCCUUCGGGGCAGCCCCGGGGCUGCCUCGGGCACAGAAGGGAAGGUUUGCUGCCCGGAGAGAGGAGCCAGCCAAGGACUGGGAGCAGGCCCAGGCAGGCAGUGUCCUGGCCACGGGGCCUCACGCCUUCGACAGCGACCCCGACAUCUCAGACGUGGACGAGGAUGAUCGUGAGACCCUCUUCAGCUCCAUGGAUGUGCUCUCUCCUGGUGGACACUCAGAUGCCCAGACGUUGGCCAUGAUGCUCCAGGAGCAGCUGGAUGCCAUUAACGAGGAGAUCAGGAUGAUCCAAGAGGAGAAGGAGUCAACGGAGCUGCGGGCGGAGGAGCUGGAGACCCGCGUGACGAGCGGCAGCAUGGAGGGCCUGAACCUCACCCAGCUCUGCAAGAGGGCUUCCAUCCCCACCUCACUGACAGCCCUGUCCCUGGCCAGCCCCUCCCCCCCGCUCAGCGGCCGCUCCACCCCCAAGCUGUCCUCCCGCAGCGCCGCCCAGGACCUCGACCGCAUGGGGAUCAUGACGUUGUCGCCUGCAGCUCGGGACGAAAGCCGAGAGGAUAAAACCACCAUCAAGUGUGAGACUUCCCCCCCAUCCUCACCCAGGACGUUGCGUCUGGAGAAGCUGGGCCACCCUGCACUAAGCCAGGAGGAUGGGAAAAGCUCGCUGGAGGAGCAGGCCAGCAACCCCAGCAGCACCAGCAGCCAGGACUCCCUGCACAAGGGCUCCAAGAGGAAGGGGAUCAAAUCCUCCAUCGGGCGCUUGUUCGGGAAAAAAGAGAAGGGUCGCUUGAUUCAGCUGAGCAGAGAAGGGGCCACAGGGCAGGUGGUGCUGACCGAUGUGGAGGUGGGCAUGCAGGACCCUCUGGGACUUGGCAAGCUGGGUGCUCAGGCUGAGAAGGAUCGACGCCUACGGAAGAAGCAUGAACUCUUGGAAGAGGCCAGAAGGAAAGGAUUGCCCUUUGCUCACUGGGAUGGCCCCACUGUUGUCUCCUGGCUGGAGCUCUGGGUGGGGAUGCCAGCCUGGUACGUGGCCGCUUGCCGGGCCAACGUGAAGAGCGGGGCCAUCAUGUCGGCCCUGUCGGACACGGAGAUCCAGAGGGAGAUCGGCAUCAGCAACGCCCUGCACCGCCUGAAGCUGCGCCUGGCCAUCCAGGAGAUGGUCUCACUCACCAGCCCCUCAGCACCACCCACCUCACGGACAUCCUCUGGAAAUGUCUGGGUCACCCACGAGGAGAUGGAGAACAUGGCAACUUCCACCAAGACGGACACAGAGGAAGGCAGCUGGGCACAGACACUGGCCUAUGGGGACAUGAACCAUGAGUGGAUUGGGAACGAGUGGUUGCCCAGCCUGGGUCUCCCUCAGUAUCGCAGCUACUUCAUGGAGUGUCUGGUUGAUGCACGGAUGCUGGACCACCUCACCAAGAAAGAUCUCAGAGUGCACUUGAAGAUGGUGGACAGCUUCCACCGCACCAGCCUGCAAUAUGGCAUCAUGUGCCUGAAGAGGCUCAACUACGACCGCAAAGAGCUCGAGAGGAGGCGAGAAGAGACCCAACAUGAAAUCAAAGACGUCCUAGUGUGGACCAACGACCAGGUGAUCCACUGGAUCCAGUCCAUCGGGCUCCGCGAGUACGGGAACAACCUGGUGGAGAGCGGGGUGCACGGGGCCCUCCUGGCCCUCGACGAGAACUUCGACCACAACAGCCUGGCCCUGGUCCUGCAAAUCCCCACGCAGAACACGCAGGCUCGACAAGUGCUGGAGAGGGAGUUCAACAACCUGCUGGCCCUGGGCACAGAUCGGAGGUUGGAUGAUGGUGAUGACAAGACCUUCCGUCGCACCCCGUCCUGGCGGAAGCGCUUCCGCCCCCGCGACGUUCACAGCAUCAACCCAUUGCACUUGAAGAUGGUGGACAGCUUCCACCGCACCAGCCUGCAAUAUGGCAUCAUGUGCCUGAAGAGGCUCAACUACGACCGCAAAGAGCUCGAGAGGAGGCGAGAAGAGACCCAACAUGAAAUCAAAGACGUCCUAGUGUGGACCAACGACCAGGUGAUCCACUGGAUCCAGUCCAUCGGGCUCCGCGAGUACGGGAACAACCUGGUGGAGAGCGGGGUGCACGGGGCCCUCCUGGCCCUCGACGAGAACUUCGACCACAACAGCCUGGCCCUGGUCCUGCAAAUCCCCACGCAGAACACGCAGGCUCGACAAGUGCUGGAGAGGGAGUUCAACAACCUGCUGGCCCUGGGCACAGAUCGGAGGUUGGAUGAUCAUCAACCCGCGCCUUUUUUUGAGACCCUCCCCGCCGGCUUCCGUGUCACCAGCCUCCUGCCCCUGCCCCCUCCCACCGCCCCUGCCAAGAAAAUGCCCCCGGAAGUUGGUGCCUCUGGGUCUCCAAGGCUGGAAACCUCCACGGUCCGGACAUACUCCUGCUGA